GUUUUAUUCAUCACAGGUUUUACAUGUGCUUAAUAUGUUUCCACAGCUAUGUUUCCAUUGCUUCUGUUAUCAGGUUUUAUCACCUUCACCUUGAGUGUCCCUCAGUAUGUCUUUGUGAAUGAAUCCAAGACUUGGGCAGAAGCUCAGAGAUACUGUAGAGAUAAAUACACUGAUCUGGCCUCCAUUGAGAAUGAACAACAGACGGUCCAGUUAUUGGAUACAGUGAAUGACGAUUCCAUUGAUUUGGCCUGGAUUGGACUCUAUGAUGAUCUGAACAAUUGGAACUGGACUCUAGAGGACAGCAAUUUCUUCAAGGAGGGAGAGAAAGACUUCAGGAACUGGUAUGACCAAGGACCAAACAAUUAUGGAGGACAAAGUGUGUGUGUGUAUAUGCACAUGGGGAUAUGGUAUACAUCAUACUGCUCCAAUACAGUUCCUUUUAUCUGCUAUGAUGGUGAGCAGUUUCAUUAA